UCACAAUCUGCCACUGUCUGGGCAAAAUCCCACAUCUCCCGGGACUAGUCCGACUGGCCACCCACACGCUCAUCGGGAUGCAGAAAGAUGUUGAAAUCGCCACUAACCAUCCAUGGCAAUCCCUCCAUACUCUCAGCAAUCUCAAGCAUGGUGUCCCAAAGGUCAUAUCGCCCGACCCUAUUACACUUGGCAUAAACCAAGGUGUGGAAUAUGGGUUCGGAGAGGUGUGCCACAGAAAGCUCGACAUAAAGCACCUGAUCGGUAUCCCGGAAGACCCUACAGGUAUAAUCACGCGACGGGAUCAGUCAGUAGUCGCAGCCCAGUUCCGGACUUACGCCCCUCCGGUGUUCACUAGAGAGGAGGGCCUGUUGGCCGUAGGAGACUGGAUCUGCAAGAUGGAUCGUAUUUUCCGGAUGAUGGGCAUAUCCGACCAGCACAUGUUCUCUUGUGCCGAGUUUCAGAUAGAGGGUGCGGCCGGAGACUGGUGGGACGACUACUGGUGUCUCAGGACAGCUGACGAGCGAGACCAGCUGACUUGGGAUCAGCUUAAGGGGAUUUUGGAGGCCAAGUACUACCCUCGACACUUUUGCGAGAGGAUGGAGCGAGAGUUCUAUGACUUGCUUCAGGGAGACCGCUCGGUUGAGAAGUGCGAGCGGGAGUUCGCUCGUAAGAGCGCCUUUGCACGCCAUCUU